AUGGUUCAGCUAUACAUCUUUGGAUUGCUUCUCGCAGUCGGAUUCCUUCAGGCUAGUCCUGUCGACUCCGAACUUGCUUAUAUCGAAGAUAUUCGCAGUGCUUCCCCAAGAAUCGUAGGCGGCUGGGAGGCCAAAGAUGGACAGUUCCCGUACACCGUGAGCAUCCGCAUGGUAGGACCUACUGGUGGUGUCGGCGCUUGUACCGGGUCCAUCCUCACCAACCAAUGGAUCCUUACUGCUGCCCAUUGCCUUGCCAGACGUUUCACGUACGUAGUCCGUCUGGGUCAGACCAAUAUCACUAAACCUGGUUAUAUGGUGGAGGCAACGGAGCGCUACAUACAUGAGGGUUACAACCAGGAGAGUACUGGAGUGCAGACUGAGGACAUCGGCCUGCUGAAGCUGGACCAUUAUAUUCCUUAUGGAGACUCCAUCCAGCCCAUCAGGAUCCAGAGCAGCCAGCGUAAGAACGUGGAGUACGGCGAUGUUCAGCUGACCCUCAGCGGCUACGGACGUACUGAUGAUUGGUGGGCCGGUGGCAUAGUCCCAGACAUCCUGUACUGGACAUACCAGCGCGGUAUGACGCAGCAGGAGUGCAGGACCUGGUACCCCAACAGCCAGGUCAUCAACGUGCAGACCAUCUGCUCGCAGUACUAUGAUGAUCCCAGCCAGAACCCUUGCACGGGUGACAGCGGUGGUCCCCUCACCAUGGUGGACGUGGACGGCAAGGUGACGCAGGUCGGCAUCAUGAGCUUCGGCUCACAGCGCGGUUGUAACACGCCCAACCCACAAGGUUUUGUCCGCCCGGACUACUACCAGGAUUGGAUAGAGAAGCAGACUGGCAUCAGCUUUGACUGGGAUGUCGAAGAGUUGGAGAGCUUGCAAAACAAUGUGUUAGCAUAAAAAUAGCUUAAAUUACCUAUUAACAUUGUAAAUACAAUAAAAUACAGACGAACAAAAAAGGAAGCGAGUAACA